GCAGAUAAAAUCAAACCGAAUGACUGAAUUGUAAAUAUAUUGUUAAGUUAGUGUGACGUUCAUUAUUUGUGAAGAAAGACAAUAUUCUAAUUAACUGUUGAUGGAUGUGUUUUUAAUAGUGAUAAUUCUUGUGCCUUAUUAAUUUAUUUUAGGUGAUGCAAAAGAACAUUCAUAGGAAUUAAGUAAUACGAUUAAAGUCUGCAAGCAUGGAGGGUAUUUAUAAAAUAAAUUUGGUGUCGAGCGAUCUCGGCACGGAGGAGACUAUUCUGCAAAUAGCGGACACUCUCGAGCACCUCGACGCCAUUGUGGACGAGGCGUUCUCACGCCUAAUGAUCCGAAUUAACAAGAACGUUGAAAAAACUAAUGAUUUCAAACAAAGGAUUGACAUAGCUAAGGAAAAGGUGUCUGCGCUGACGGGCAUACAGAAAGCUAUAAAGGUUUUCUCUAGCGCCAAGUAUCCAGCAGCUAUUAAACAUGAGCCGUAUGAGUCUGUGUUUGGUCCUGAUGCGUACAAGCACCAGCCAGCUCCAGUAGCCUUGAGUCGCAGGACUCAGGGCCGGCAGAAUGACAAGGAAAUACAUGAAAAGCUCCACUUCUACCACGUGAAAGUGGGCCAGCCGAAGACGCAAGCUAAACCCAAGUUAGACUUGCAACAGACUCUAAAAUCCGCUUCGACAGUGGGAGAGUUGCUUGUUUUCAACACGGACGAGUGUCCAUACCUGAGCUCGAGUGGUAAAGCGGUGUCGUACCGGCCGAGCGCGGUCAGUGCGGAGCGGAAGGAUCAGCUGGAGGCGGCGCCCUCAUCGAUCCUCAACCGAGAGGUGCUGAAGCGAGAUGUGGACGAGUACAUGUACGCGCCUGGGAUGGGCAUGGUGCCCGAGCUGGACGUGCCGCUGGACCUGCCCGACCUGCCCAACAUCGCCGGAGACAUCCAGUACUCCCACACCCUGGACACGGCCAUCGCCCCCUCGGCCGUCACCUCCCCUGUCUCACCACCGCCGCCGCCAGAAGUCGCCCCGGAAGUGGUGGCGGAACUGCCCGACUUGAAGCUGACAGAUGAGCCGUCAGCUGUCAGACCAGACAUUCCGGAUGCGCCGCCGUCGGUUGCCAUGGCGACCGCCGCGCCGCCCCCUCCCCCGCCGCCGCCGCCGCCGCCGCCGCCCGCUCCGUUGCCGCCUGCUCCUGAAGAUAACAGUGGUUACUCGCUAUCUUCCUACAGACAAGACACUCGUGCCCCGCCGCCGCCGCCGAUGGAGAACCCUCACGCGAACCUGAUGGCGGCCAUCAGGCAGGCGGGCGGCGCCGGCAAGGCCAAGCUGCGCUCCGCUGCCAACGAACCGGGGGAUAAGGACGAUAAGAAACCAGCCAGCGGCGGUGACCUGAUGGCGGACCUGCACGCCAAGCUGUCGAUGCGGCGGCGCGGCAUCUCGGGCGCCGAGCGGGGCGGCGGCGGCGGCGGCGGCGGGUCGGUGCUGCACACGCUGGCCAGCGUCAUCCCCGAGCCCGACCACUCCUCCCCGCAACACUCCUCCACCGAGGACGACUGGGAAUAGACAAAACACCUGGCUGAAUGUCGUUAGUAUCCAAGCCCUUGUUUUUAAGAAAAAAACGAUCGAACGCUCCGUUUUGUACGCUACGCCUAUUAUUAACACGCAGUCACGCAGGCUUAGCCAAUUAUUAUACAUGAUUUCUGGUUACAUGUGUUUUUUGUGUAAUAGCAUUUCGUUGAAUUGUUUUUUUUCGUACAUUCGAAAACCUUUUCCUGGUAAACGGAAAUGCGUAGGUCGUGUAGGGCAGUACCGUAGAUAAUAGCGGCGUUAAUUAGACGAGUGAUUUGGUUCAAAAUACUUCGUGGAAUGGUCAGUGACCCGUUUGUUUUUCUUCUCAUUUACAAAUAAAUCGGAAAAGGAGUUGAAUGGUUCCACGAGCCAAGGCUAUUAUGAUAAUCACAUUUCUUACUAACCGUCUCUUAGCAUUCACUUCGUGGAAAGCGCCGCGCUCGCCUCGUUUAUACAUCUUUCCUGAGAAGCGGUGUCGGGCUUUUCCCGGCCUAUUUGAAUAAAGAUCAUUAUUCAACGAAUUCAAGUGAAAUUUGUAUUUAGAGCGAUUUGAUAAGAUUAUAAUUGCUGGCUAAAGUGGAUCCCACUAUAAGAUACAAAAGUGUAUGCUUACCUACUUAUGGAGUCGUUGUAAAAUAUUAAUUAAGUACCUAUAUCUAAGAAUCUAGGACUUGUUAAAAAUUUCAAAGUCUGCAGUUUGUAAAAUAAUUGGUAUUAGGUCCAAAAAUGCUAUUGCCAUGAUUCAAAUUCGCUGUCAGCCGCUGAAUGCAGUAUUGUUUGCUAUAGGGUAAGGGUUGCAAAGAUGGUGCGAUAAAAUGGUGAUAAACAGUUAAAAAUAUACCUACUUUAUUAUACAUCAAUUGGCUAUUUUAUAUUUCAAAAUUAUUAUGGUGCUGUCGGAAAAGUUAUUAUCUUGAAAAUUUUAUCGUUUAGGCAACGUCGUAGGUUGUUUAUCAAUGAAAUUGUGAUGUGCUAUUUGGACAAGAAUCUUUAUUCGGGACUGAAUAGAUGUACGUUUUAAUAGUAAUUCGAGAGGUGCGCGGUUUACAAACGUGUUAUUUAACAUGUAAUAGGUAAAAUGUUGAUGUUUAAUAUUCUACGGCUAAGCGGGCGGUGCCUUUGAAAGUGGGUUUAAGCGAGAAGAACCGAUACAUAAUCGUCCAUUUGUAUGCUGACAGUGUCGGCUAGUACAGUUCACACUCACUUAUAUGCAACUAGCAUUUAAUAAA